AUGGAUAUCAAGCCUUCGUAUAAUUACUUACUGGGGAGACCAUGGAUUCAUUCAGCAGGGGCGGUGCCUUCAUCAUUGCACCAGAAGUUGAAAUUAGUGACAGAAGGCCGGUUAAUUACGAUUGACUCUGAGGAAGACAUCAUUGCAUCGGUAACCAGUGACGCACCAUAUUUGGGAGUAGAUGACGAUGCGGUCAAAUGUUCUUUUCGAUCCUUAGAGUUCGUAAAUGCAACUUUUGUCACUGAGGGAAAGAAAAUCCCAAUGCCCAGCAUAUCUAGAGCCACAAGGAUGGGACUACAAAUGACAGUUAGGAAAGGAGCUGUGCCUGGAAGAGGACUGGGAAGAUGCCUUCAAGGAAAGAUUGAGGCACCAGUGGUGAAAGACAAACAAGACCGUUUUGGUUUAGGAUUUAAACCAAAUGCCAAGCAGAGAAAGAAAGAGUUAGAGAAAAGACAAGACAGGAGGAAAGCGCGUUUGAACGGAAAAGAAGUUGAUUGGGAACCUAUGGCUUUCCCCCACAUAUCCAGGACAUUCAUAUCGGGAGGAACCAUGUAUUCUGGACUGAGGACUCCAAGAAAGAAGACCGCAGAGGAAAUGUCCCAAGAUAUCAAUGAUAUGAGUGACUCUACUAUGGACUUAGAAAAUCCUUUUGAACGAGAUAUGUGUUUAGAGGAAUCUCAAGAUUUUGAAGAUAACACGGAUUACAACCUACCUCCGGACUUGUUGAGGAUGGUAGAGCAGGAAGAGAAACAGGUUCUUCCUCACGAGGAGACGAUAGAGACAGUGAUCCUAGAGGAGGGAAAGAUGGUAAAGAUUGGCACGUGCAUAGCUGAUGAAGUGAAACGAGACCUCGUUAAAUUGCUUCGAGAGUUCAAAGAUGUCUUCGCAUGGUCAUACCAAGAUAUGCCGGGGUUAAGUACUGACAUCGUAGUUCACCGACUUCCUAUAAAGGAAGAUUACAGACCAGUUCAGCAAAAGCUCCGAAGGAUGAGGCCAGAUGUUGUGUUAAAAAUAAAAGAGGAGGGCAACGUGUCGGAGGCCAUGGUAACAUUGUUCCAUGAUAUGAUGCAUAAUGAGUUAGAGGUCUAUGUUGAUGACAUGAUUGCAAAAUCUAAAACAGAAGAGGAACAUGUGCAGGUCCUUAAGAAAUUAUUUAUGAGGUUGAGAAAAUUUCAGCUAAAGCUAAAUCCAGCAAAAUGCACAUUUGGGGUCAGAUCAGGAAAAUUGCUUGGGUUCGUGGUCAGUGAGAGAGGAAUUGAGAUUGAUCCUGACAAAGUAAGAGCAAUACAAGAAUUACCCCCGCCGCGUACUCAAAAGAAAGUUCGAGGUUUCUUAGGAAGGCUGAACUAUAUUGCUCGGUUCAUCUCACAGCUAACUGAGAAAUGCGACCCCAUAUUUCGCCUCCUCAAGAAACAUAAUCCUGUAUUUAAAAAUUCCAUGGGAUGCGUGCUUGGUCAACAUGAUGAAUCAGGACGAAAGGAAAGAGCAAUCUACUAUCUCAGUAAGAAGUUCACUGAAUGCGAAACAAGAUAUUCGCCAAUCGAGAAAUUAUGUUGUGCCCUAAUCUGGACCACUCGGAGACUGAGACAGUACAUGUUGUACCAUACGACCUGGUUAAUCUCUAAAUUGGACCCUUUGAAAUACUUAAUGGAGUCAACCGCUCUGAAUGGAAGAAUGACCCGAUGGCAAAUUCUUCUAUCUGAAUUUGACAUAGUCUAUGUAAACCAGAAGGCGGUCAAAGGGAGUGCAAUAGCGGAAUUCCUAGCAAGUAGGGCUCUGGAUGAUUAUGAGCCAUUGAACUUCGAUUUCCCAAAUGAAGAUUUGAUGUAUAUCGCAACUGUAGAGAAAGAUUUCCAAGAAGGUGGUCCUUGGAAGUUGAGUUUUGACGGAGCUUCAAAUGCUAUACGCAACGGAAUUGGGGCAGUACUCGUGUCUCCCAAUGGAGACUAUUAUCCUUUCACUAGCAAAUUAGACUUUGACUGCACAAAUAAUAUGGCUGAGUAUGAAGCUUGCAUUAUGGGCAUCCGGGCAGCCAUAGAGCGGAAAAUUAAGGUGCUAGAAGUAUACGGGGACUCUGCAUUAGUAAUUUAUCAGCUCAAAGGGGAAUGGGAAACAAGAGACCUGAAGUUGGUCCGCUAUCGAAAAUUGGUUAUGGAAUUGAUUGAGGAAUUUGAUAGUGUCACCUUUAGUUACCUCCCGCGAGAUGAAAACCAGAUGGCAGAUGCUUUGGCCACUUUAGCCUCCAUGUUUAAAGUGAACAAAUUAGAAGAUAUGAAGCCUAUCCAGAUCAGCAUCUACGAGGCUCCAGCUCAUUGUUGCAACAUUGACAGUGAAGAGGGAAAGGAUGAUCACCCUUGGUACCAUGACAUAUUGCAAUAUGUGAAGAGUCGUGAAUACCCUGACCAUGCGACAGAAAAUGAUAAGAAGACAUUAAAGAGAUUAGCCAUUGACUAUGUUCUAGAUGGGGAAAUUUUGUAUAAAAAGGGAAAAGAUCAAGUAUUGUUGAGGUGUGUGGAUGCUGUCGAGGCAAAAGAAAUUUUGGAAGAAGUGCAUGAAGGUAUCUGUGGAAUGCAUGCCAACGACUUCACGAUGGCCAGACAAAUUAUGAGAUUUGGGUACUAUUGGUCCACCAUGGAAGGGGAUUGCAUUAAUUAUGCCAAAAGGUGCCAUAAGUGUCAAAUCUACAGUAACAAAAUGCACGCACCACCUUCACCCCUUCAUGUUAUGGUUUCUCCAUGGCCUUUCUCCAUGUGGGGAAUGGACGCUGCUUCAUAUGCAAAUAUCACGAAGUCGGCAGUUAGCAAGUUUCUGAAAAAGGAGAUCAUAUGUCGAUACGGGAUGCCUGAAAGGAUCAUAUCCGAUAAUGCGAUGAACUUAAACAACAACUUAAUAGCGGAAGUUUGUAGUCAGUUCAAGAUCAGACACCACAAUUUGUCACCGUAUCGUCCAAAAAUAAAUGGUGCCGUGGAAGCAGCUAACAAAAACAUCAAGAAAAUUGUAGGAAAAAUGACUGAAACCUACAAAGACUGGCACGAGAAAUUACCUUUUGCUCUCCUGGCAUAUCGCACUUCUGUUAGAACCUCUACUGGGGCAACACCGUUUUCUUUAGUCUAUGGGAUGGAAGCAGUUUUACCCAUAGAAGUUGAAAUUCCUUCCCUCCGAGUAUUAGCUGAACUAAAGUUGGAUGAGGCUGAAUGGAUUCAAUCUCGAUAUGACCAGCUAAACUUGGUAGAAGAAAAGAGGUUAAAAGCUAUUCGUCAUGGAGGAGCUUUGAUCUUGAGCGAGAUGGAUGGUAAAAGCUUGCCAAAUCCUGUGAACUCGGAUUCAGUCAAGAAAUACUUCACCUGA